AUGAAGUCCUUCCUCGCCAUUCCUGCGCUGUUUGCCCUCGGCGCCGUCGCCGACUCCUGGGGCUUCACCUGGACGUUCUCCAACGAGCACAGCACCUGGACCUCCUGCACCUAUGCCACUGAGAACGCUACCGCGACCCCCGUCGAAGUCUCGACGUCCACCGCGUCCUGGUCCGAGUGGACCUCCACCACCUCGUACACGGCGACCUACAGCUCAGGCGCCUCGACAUGGGGCAUUCCGACGGCCGUGAGCUACAGUGUGGCCUCCAACUGGACGAGCAUGAUCCCUGCACCAACCUCGGCCACCAGCACCGUCCCGCUCAGCACGACUGCGGCGCCCGUUACCAGCUCCGUGGAAGCCACGAAGACCACCGCUGUCCCGUCCGCGUUUACUGGUGCCGCUGCCCCCAAUGUCAACGGAAAGAUUGCCGGCAUGGGUGCUGUCGCUCUGGCUGGGUUGGCAUUGGUUCUGUAA